AUGACAACUACAACGAACUCAACAGGUUCUGGGCCCAGGAGAGGCUUCCUAUUUGACGGUAACGAAAGCAAAUAUGAGUUGUGGGAAGUAAAGUUCCUGGGCUAUAUGCGGCUACAAAAGCUAUAUAAAGUAUUCGUGCGAGACGCAAGCGAGAAAGACCCACCAGACGCUUCGACGCAAGCUGGUGCUUUUGCCAAACUCGUGCAAUGUCUGGACGAUAGAAGUUUAUCGCUAGUGAUACGAGACGCGAGAGACGACGGGAAGAAAGCGCUAGAAGUUCUUAGACAGCACUACCAAGGGAAGGGAAAGCCACGUAUAGACAUUUGCGACAGCGACAUAGCCGAGUCAUUUGCGACAGCGUUACGAAAUGCCGAGGAAGCUAUCAGCGACGCAUUGUUAAUCGCGAUGGUUUUGAAAGGCUUACCGAGGGAAUACGACACGUUUGCCACGGUAGUUGUGCAAAGAGAAAAACAAAUGACUUUCGCCGAAUUCAAGAGCGCGCUGCGAAGCCAGGAGGAAAGCGCAAAGACACAUGGUGGGAAGGCUGCCAGCGCGGGGGAGAAUAUCAUGUUGACGAAGCAAAAGUUCGAUGGGAACUGUUUUAAAUGCGGGAGAAAGGGACAUAAAAGCGCGGAGUGUUGGUCGAAGACAUCGGAGAGAUGGUGUAGCAACUGUAAGAGUAAAACCCACGAGACAAAGAAUUGCCGGAAGAAGAAAGAUGCGGCGAAGACAGCAGCGGAGAAGAGAAUGUCAAGUGAGAACAAUGAACAUACGUUUGCCUUUACAUCCAAGGACACAAUUAAUAAAUCAUGUAUAAAUAAUAAGAGUAAUUCUAGUUUAUUAGUAGGUACUGGAGCCACAAAUCACAUUAUAAAUGACAAAUCAAAAUUUGUGGACUUUGAUAAAGAAUUUAAUCCUAGUACGCAUGUCAUAGAACUCGCUGAUGGCAGUAAAGCCAACGUAGUAUUAGAAAAAGGAAAUGCUAAAGUUAAACUUUAUGACGUCAAUGGUAAUGCACGUGAAGUAAUGUUAAAUAGCGCAUUGUAUGUUCCGUCCUAUGAACAAAAUAUUUUUUCAGUGCAUGCUGCGACAGAAAGGGGGGCCAGUAUUAGUUUAGAUAAGCAGGUGAAACAGCUCAAAUGUCCUGAUGGCACAACGUUUGGAAUGGAACAAAAAGGUAGGUUAUAUUAUUUAAAUAGUAUUUCAUCCUCUAAGAAUAGUGCAUGUUCUCUGCAUGAAUGGCAUAAAAUCCUUGGUCACUGUAAUUAUGGUGAUGUUCAGAAAUUGGAAAAUGUUGUAGAGGGGAUGAAUAUUUCCAACUAUGAUGAAGUAGAGUGUACUGUUUGCACUAAAGGUAAGAUGUGCCAAUUUAGGAAUAGAUCCCCAGAUGAAAGAGUAACUGCUCAAUUAGAUUUUGUGCAUUGUGACCUGGCUGGUCUUAUUGAUCCUGUAGGAAGAGAUGGCUUUAAGUAUGCUUUGUCAUUCGUUGAUGACUAUUCAGGGAUUAUUAUGGUCUAUUUUCUAAAAUGUAAGAGUGAUACCCCAAAAGCAUUACAGCAAUUCUUGGCUGAUGCUGCUCCUUUUGGGAGGGUUAAGCGUGUCAGGAGUGACAAUGGCACAGAAUUCACCAGUCAUAAAUUUAAAUCUAUUCUUCGAGAAAAUAGGAUAAGGCAUGAGACUAGUGCACCAUAUUCCCACAUCAAAAUGGAACGGUGGAAAGAGCAUGAUUGA